AACUCUUGCAAUUAUAAUCCCUGGAAAUAGGCCCAUGGUUGUUAGCCGUUCAACAUUUCCUAGUUCUGGACGUUUUACAUCUCAUUCAUUAGGAGAUAAUCUAAGUACAUGGGAACAGUUAAAAGCCUCAAUUCCUGGAAUUUUGAAAUUCAAUUUGUUUGGAAUUCCUUUUGUUGGAGCAAAUAUAUGUGGCUAUUUUGGUAACACUACAGAAGAAUUAUGUCUUCGUUGGAUGCAGUUGGGUGCUUUUUAUCCUUUCAGUCGCAACCAUAAUUCUUUAAACAGUAAGAAUCAAGAUCCUGCCAGUUUUGGCAAAAGCUUUGUACAAUUAAUUAAUCGAGCCCUUUACACUCGAUAUGAGUUGCUACCUUAUUUGUAUACAUUAUUUCAUCUUGCUCAUACGGAAGGAUCUACUGUGGCUCGUCCAAUUUUACAUGAGUUUCCCAAAGAUCCUAAAACAUGGGAUAUCAGUUACCAGUUUCUAUGGGGCGCUGCACUGCUUAUAAGCCCAUUUUUAGAGGAAGGAGAAUCUGUAGUAGAAGCUUAUAUUCCUGAUGGACUGUGGUAUAACUAUUAUAAGGGCAAUCUUGUAAAGGAAGGUAAUGGCCGUUUCAUCACUCUGAUGGAUGAAGGACAAAUAAAUUUACAUGUACGAGGAGGAUAUAUUUUACCGUUACAGAAACCUAAUGUUACUACAUUUUUAAGCCGAAAACAGCCUAUGGGCCUUUUUGUUGCUCCAAAUGAAAAUGGAAGUGCUACUGGGCUUUUAUUUUGGGAUGAUGGAAUUUCAUAUGAAACACAAGAACACAGAACAUAUUUGCAGCUAGGUUUCUAUUAUCAAGAGAGUCUUGGUAAAUCUGUACUAACAUCGAAUAUAACCAUAAACUCGUAUCCUGAUGGAAGUUACGUGCAUUUUGGUUAUAUGAUAUUUUGCAAGCAGAAGAAGCCAUCAAAAGUUGUUCUAAACGAUGAAAAUUUGGGCACAAAGUGGACUUACGAUGGUGGUACACAAGUGCUUCGAAUAGACAAUUUAGAUAUUUCUAUUGCUGAUGCUUUCCAGCUCAUCAUAGAAUAACUAUUUCAAAUUGAAAUAUAUGUAAUUUUUUACAGUAAAAAUUCCCAAACAUCGAUUGUUAAAUUCUCACUCUUGAAAAACAUUUUAUAAACAAAUUUCUAUUUAUUAUCCUAAAUAAAAUUAUAUUUGAAUA